GGACUUGAUUGACUUCCUUCUCGUUGACUUCCUUCUCCCUCCUCUGUUUUCCGUCCAUCGGCAUCUCUUCGUUUCCUUCCUUCCCUCUUUUAUCUUUCCAGCAGACCCUUCAGAUUCUUGCAUCAGCUUCUUCUUUUUUCCUUUCCUUCUGCGUGAAUCAUGAUUCGUUCUUCCCUGAAAUAAGUGAAUCACUGCUCAUCGAGCAUCUAUUCUCAUCCGAACUCUUGAAAGCUUGAUGCCUUGGAGCUCUCUAUCUAUCUAACCGUUCUGCAUCUACUAUAUCCUUCUCUCGCUUGUGGGAAUGGAGAAGUACCUUUCAAACUCAUCAAAGAGAGCGUCGUCUUUGAAAGUAUUGUUGCUACAUGGGAGGCUUGAUAUAUGGAUUUACGAAGCGAGAAACCUCCCAGACAUGGACGCGUUAUCCAAGAACUUUGUUGGUAUGUUCAGAACAAAAGUUUCCACCAGAAUUGCUGAUAAGAUGGACGGCUUCAUGCAUAGUCAAAAUUCGACGACCGAUGCUUAUGUUUCCGUUUCUGUAUCAAAUGCUGUGGUAGCAAGGACCAGUGUGAUCCCCGAUAACGAGAACCCAGUUUGGAAUCAGCAUUCUCGCGUUCCGAUUGCACAUCAUGCCGCGGAAGUGCAAUUUUUGGUCAAGGAUAGCGACGUAAUCGGCUCUGAGCUCAUUGGAACUGUUUCAAUUCCAGUUGAGCAAUUCUACUCCGGUGUGAAGUUAGAGGGCUCUUUUCCGAUACUUGAUCCCAAGAACAAGCCUUGUAGAGAUGGGGCUACCCUGAAGCUCUCAAUUCAGUACAUCCCCAUCGUGAGAUUGGCGUCUUACAGUCUUGGAAUUGCUGGCCUAGAGAACAGAGGGAUUCCCGGUACAUACUUCCCUUUGAGGAAGGGUGGGAAGGUCACGCUUUAUCAGGACGCACAUGUUCCGGACGAUUGCCUUCCGGCCCUGCUCAGGCUUGAGGGAGAUGCGCAUUCCCAGCAUGGCAAGUGUUGGCGAGACAUCUUCGAAGCAAUCAUGCGGGCACGACGAUUCAUUUACAUCACUGGAUGGUCGGUGUAUCACAUGGUCAGGCUGGUUCGGGAACAAGGUUUCUACUCCGACACUCUAGGGGAUCUUCUGAAGAAGAGGUCCCAGGAAGGCGUGAGAGUCUUGCUUCUUGUUUGGGAUGAUUUCACUUCAAGGACCAUUUUGGGUUUUCCAAAGGAGGGUAAAAUGCAGACUCACGAUGAGGAGACACGAAACUUUUUCAAGCACUCUUCAGUUCAUGUUUUGCUUUGUCCUAGAUCUGCUGGAAAACGCCACAGUUUGGUCAAGCAAGGGGAAACUGGAGUAAUUUAUACACAUCAUCAAAAGUCAGUGAUAUUGGACACCGAUGCUGGCAAUGGCAAGAGAAAAGUUACUGCAUUUGUUGGAGGGCUGGAUUUAUGUGAUGGGCGAUAUGAUACUCCAAGCCAUUCCUUGUUUAGGACGUUAGAAACUGUUCACAAGGACGACUAUCACAACCCAACCUUUCCGGCAGGUGUAACUUCACCGAGGCAGCCAUGGCAUGAUUUACACUGCAAAGUUGAUGGCCCUGCCGCAUAUGAUGUGUUGACAAACUUUGAGGAGAGGUGGUUGAAAGCUUCAAAGCCCCGUGGAAUUGACAAACUUAAAAGGUCUGAAGAUGAUGCGUUGCUCAAGCUUUCAAGCAUCUCUGAGAUACUUGGAAUAGAAGACGCUAAACACAUGGACGAAAGUGACCCAGAAGCAUGGCAUGUACAGAUAUUCCGUUCAAUUGACUCCAAUUCCGUCAAGGGCUUUCCGAAGGAUCCAAAAGUAGCAAUGAGCAAGAGUUUGACUUGUGGGAAAAACGUAAAGAUUGACAUGAGCAUACAUACUGCGUACGUUGAGGCAAUUCGAGCAGCACAGCGUUUCAUUUACAUUGAGAACCAAUACUUCAUUGGGUCUUCGUACAACUGGUCUUCGCACGGUAGUGUCGGUGCCGACAACCUAAUACCUAUGGAAAUAGCUCUAAAGAUUUCAGAAAAAAUUAAAGCCAAGGAAAGAUUUUCUGCCUACGUUGUAAUUCCGAUGUGGCCUGAGGGUGUUCCAACUGAUAUUCCCACCCAGAGAAUCCUCUAUUGGCAGCAUAUGACAAUGGAAAUGAUGUAUGAGAGGAUCUACAAAGCCUUAGAAGAGGUUGGCCUUGAAAAGACAUGCCACCCACGUGAUUAUUUGACCUUUUUCUGCCUCGGUAACCGUGAAACAGAAGAUCGGAAUAUUUCUUCUCCAAGUUUAAAUGCAGAUAACAGCAGUACUCCCCAGGCACUUGCUCAGAAGAACCGUCGCUUCAUGAUUUACGUCCAUUCCAAAGGAAUGAUAGUCGACGAUGAGUAUGUAAUCUUGGGAUCCGCGAAUAUCAACCAGCGAUCUUUGGACGGAUCAAGAGACUCAGAGAUUGCAAUGGGUGCUUAUCAACCUCAGCAUCUGCGGGGAAGAAAGUCAUCACAUCCAAAAGGGCAGAUCUAUGGCUACCGUAUGUCCCUCUGGGCAGAGCACUUGGGAGUAUUGGAGGAGUGUUUCAGACACCCAGAUAGCCUGGAUUGUAUGAGAAGAAUUAACCAUUUGGCAGAGUUAAACUGGCAACAGUUUGCAGCAAAUGAGGUUACAGAGAUGAGAGGGCAUCUUCUGAGGUACCCAGUUGACGUUGAUUCUGGAGGCAAAGUAACGGCUCUUCCUGGAUGUGAAACUUUCCCAGAUUGUGGAGGCAAGAUAUUAGGGACCUUUACAUUCGUUCAAGAAAAUCUGACGGUGUAAAAUUAGUAACUACAAGCAGAGUGUUUUUGAAAAAGAUUCAGUGCAGUUGGUAGUUUUCUCUGCCUCCGCCAUCCACCAAUAAGAAUCUGCAUAUACAGUGCCCUACAAAUGAAGCUACUAUUUUCAUAUCUUACUUGGUUCGGUCAUUACCGUGUAACUGUAGUUUAUGUGUUGCUAAUUAUUGGAAGUGCUAUUCUUUUUUUAUGUAUACAUAACUAUGUUGAGGUUACAAAUUGACGAAUCCAAAUUUAAAUGUGGAGCAUAUUCUGAUGAA